AUGUUUGAAGAGCGUGACCCCAACACGUCAGUUUCCCCAGACAAGCUGCUAUUUGCAUUUGCUUUCAGCACCACCAACAUACGGCUGGGCGAGUACAACCUGCGGCAGAUGGAUGACUCCGAGCAGCGCCGGGUGGCAGCGAAACUCAUUCCCCACCCCAACUACAACCCCACCACCAAGGACAACGACAUCAUGCUCAUCAAACUCGUCACCCCCGUGCAGCUGAAUAACAACGUGCACCCCAUCGCACUGGCCAGCAGCACCGCCCCGCCGGGGAGCACCUGCCAGGUGUCUGGAUGGGGCACCACCACCUCCCCCCAGCCAGCGUCAUUCCCAGCCUUGCUGCAGUGCGCUGAACUCAGGAUUGUCUCAGCGGCAGAAUGUCGAAGAGAGUAUUCCAGCUUGGUCACGGACAACAUGCUGUGUGCUGGUGUGCGACAAGGAGGCAUUGAUUCUUGCCAGGGUGACUCCGGGGGUCCCCUGGUAUGCGGCGGGAGCCUCCAAGGCAUCGUGUCGUGGGGGUUGGAGGAGUGCGCCCAACCUAACAAACCGGGUGUUUACACCAAGGUCAGCAAAUACAUCAACUGGAUCCAGCAAACUGUACGGGGCGGGUGAGUCGCCCCGGGAACCCCAAUAAAACAUGAGAGACAC